AUGAGAUUCCUAUCAUUCACAUUGAUCUUCCUGCUUGCUGUUGCCUGUAUGGUCAAUGCACGUCCUGCUGGUGACGCUCUCAGCGAUACUCUUAAACAAAUCGUUGAUGCUGUAAACAAGCUAUUUUCUGGGAAGGCUACGUGGUUUCGGCCCAAGACUGAGGGCGGCGAGAUAGGAAGUUGUGGACCAAAGGAAAGCGAUCAUGACAUGAUUGUUGCUUUGAACAAGGAACAAUAUGGCGAUCUGGAUGCCAAGAGCUCUUGGUGCGGCAAAAAAGUGCUUAUUAUGAGUGGAGAUAAAUGGGUAGAUGCCGUAAUUACUGAUGCAUGCCCUGGUUGCGCCAAGUAUUCACUUGAUUUGACACCUGCAGUUUUCAAAAAGCUUGCGGAUCUCGACAAAGGCGUGCUGCCCAUCACAUGGUGUGUGAUUGGUGAGAAAGGUUGCAAGAUACCAGGCAAGGGUGGCAGUAGCAAAAAGCAUGGCAAAGGCAAAGGCGAUGAUGAAGAUGACGAGAACACCUAA